AUGGUUCUCGAUCCAACGUCUUGCAACUCUGUGCCAUUCCUCGUCGAACCAGCACCCCCAGGCUCGACGACGCCGAACCUGGUUUUGCCCCCCAUCAGUAAUUUAUUCAGUGGCACGCCCAUUAAUGCCGGCCCGUUGCCCCCGAUAGUAUCGACGUCCCAGUGCUCGAAUAUAUUGAGCAGUACUGGUUCCCAGCCGACGAACGACGUGCCCGAGACCUCUCCGUUUAUGACACCACCAACGUUAACAACAUCUAGUGUGAUGGCCUCUCAGGCAAACGUCUAUCCAUCGAACGCUGGAAAUGGUUAUUUGCAAGAGACCGUUACUCCAUCUCCACCUAUCAGCAUUGAAUCUCAACCGUUGUCCAGUCCAGUGUCAUCCAGUUUGAGUUCUUCGUCGUCUAUUACAAAUUCCGGGACAGCGGGCGCGAGUACUUGGUCAAGUUCAAGUACGCCCUUGUGGUCUUCUUUGACGACAAGUUCUGAUAAUUUGUCCUCUGGUUCAUCUCUGAUAUCAACACAAACGCUCUCCCCAUUAUCGUCUACACCCACCAUGACAUCUGAUGUAUCCUCAACAUCUACCGCACCCGGUUUUACUUCAUCUUUCACCACCACACCCAUUCCUCUUCCUUCAACUUCGCUGUCUUCAGCAAUGACAACAUCUACUUCCGCAGUAGUUUCAACUUCCGCCCCACAAAGCUCUUCGUUGUCAGCAGGUCCAUAUUCGUCAUCAGACACAGCCCUCGCAUCCAGCUCUUCUUCGGUGUUCACUACGAUCACUCCAUUUCCCACCACGUUGAUUAUUUCUACUACCGAUGUCGAUCAAUACAGCACGUGGACUGAUACUCCUUGGACAUCGACGCUGAUUUUGACAUCCGUCCUGUCGGGUUAUCCCGUCACCACUUGGACGACGACAACGAGCGGGGUGCUCAGUACCGCAGCUGUAGAUACCAAUGGGAACAGGCUCUCUCGUUCCCCUGGUUCUAUUGCUGGCCUUUUCCUCGGGGUCCUCGGAGCUAUUGCUUUCGCUGUUCUCUGGCUUUUCUGUGCUCGUCGUCGACAGCGCAAGCUAUUAUCUCGUGAUGCGAGCGCUAUUCCUCCAUGGGCGCCUGGCGGCCCACUUGAAGCCGAAGUAGACAUGGAAGAGCGUUAUGGUGGGAUUAUCGCAGCUCUCAAUGAGGGCAUGGGUGCGGGAAGGAAUGUUCGAAUCGAAGGAGAUACGAGUGGAGAAGUGUCGGGAGAACUGGUAACUGGGCGCGCUUCGUCCCCUAAUCUGCCUCCAUAUUCACUUGGAGAGGAUGAUGACGGUCCCCAUGUCUUCCCAUUAUCUCCGCCUCCAUCUGCGUACUCCGCUCCCCCGCCACCGUCCGCGUAUGUUCCGCAUACCGCUAAUGGUUCCCGAAGAAGAAGUUCGCCUGGGCCCGAUGCUUCCGCAUGGUUUGGGGGGUAUAAUGUUGCUCCUGCUCCUUCGGCUGCAUCGCAUUACUCCCAUUCUUCCACCCACUUUCUUACCAGAACCGAAACCGGAACUAGGACGAGGACUGGAAGCGAGGAGCCACUCUUGACGAGAGCCGGAAGCGGAUCUUCUUAUCUUGAUUCUGGCAACAAAGUCAGGCUAGGGUCAGCAUUCGGUUCGCCUGAAGGAAGCAUGAUUGGCCAUAACCUUUCACCUACGUCACAGUCCUCUGGCAUGCUGAGUGCGACCGCUUCCUUCGACGUUCUGCGGAGUAUUUCGUCUCAGGGCGCACUGCGGAGCACGUCUUCGCAUGGGUAUGGGCUUGGGUUUGGGAGUACCUCGUCCGGUGCCGAGUCACAUCAGGGACCUGCGCUAGGGCUCGCGAUUAGUGCAGCUCCGACUAGUUACCAGAACAGGCAUGUUACGAGAUGGAAGAAGGGGAAGCGAGAGAGCACUGGAAGCACCAGUACUGCAUCCGCGUCUUUAUCCGGCUCUGUGGUCGAGAUACCUACAGGCGUACGAGCUUUCCUUGGUCGUCUCAGACGGGGCAAUACCCCGAGCCCAAAGGCAGGUUCUUCAAGAGAAUUGCCUAGAGACAUAGAGAGCGAGGGAGCUGCUGAGAAGAUAAAUGCUUACGGCCCAGAUAUCUUCUCAGCUUAUGUCUCCCCUGCCACUCCCGAACCUGCGUCCAUGUCAACAUCCCCGCGGUUUGUGCUUUCUAACCCCGAUCCAUGGCUUUCCUCGCCGUAUGUUCAUGCCGACGUGGCGGAACAUGAGGAUGGCUUGCAGCCACCCUCAUGGCCAUGGCUUAGUGUGCCGUCAACCUCCUCCCCUGUGCCCGCCGACGAGUCACGCCUGACUACGGCUGACGGACUUCUUGAUCCUCGCCUGCGUGACUCUUUCGAAGGAAGGAGCAAUUCAAGUUUACGGGAUUUUGAAGAUUACUCCCGGCCAAUUGGAGGUCUCAUCAAUAACCGGCUGCAUAGUACCACAACAUUUGGCACUAUUGAUACCCAUGAAUUUGACAAUGGAACGAGCGUACAAAAUCGAGAGGACGACCAGCAAGAGGAUGCUUGUGCGACAAUGACCCAGACACCUCGUGCAAGCUGGAUCAUAGAUGGUGGCGCGGAUGUCCACGCGCAUUAG